UUCCGCACCUCGUGUCCUUUCUCUCUUCUUCUCAUCUUCGAUUCGACACCUUAAGCGAUUCAUCUCGAUACCAUCAUGGGAGCGCAGGCAUCAUCCAUGCCAAAAGAUCCUGAGAAGGCUGACCCUGAGAAAGUCUCCUCCCUUCAAGAUGAGAAGCAAGGGGGCGGCGAGGUCUGCAUCGACGGCGGCACUGACAUUUUGACGAGCAUAGACGGAAAUAACGAAAAGAUUCCUACUGCGCCCAUCGAUGCUUCGCACCGACUGGACGAGCAGGUCCGUAUCCUCGAGGAACACGACAGACAAUCACGGAAUACCUUCUUCCAGAGCCGUAUGGUGCCCGCGUUUCUCAUCAUGGGAUAUAUACCCCUGUACGCCUUCCAGCUAUCCCUGCUUACUAACUACUGGGAGCGCCCCGGGUCGGAGUGUGUUGCGGCGCCAAUUUUUAUCUGGAUCUACGUUUGCUUCACCACCUAUAGCUUGGGUAAAGCCUGGGUCUACGCCCCAUCAGAGCGAGGUAGGGUUGCGCGGAAAAUGCGAGAGAGGCUGGCGACGCUUCUCGAACUUGUAAUAAGGGAUGAGAAGGUACCGGAAAGGAUUGCAAGCGCUCGAGCGGUUGCUCAGCCAUUCACCGAACUGUUACCUCCAUGGACACCAUACAUAGACCCAAUGGCGGUCGAAGGUUUCGGUCUUGAAUACAACUGGCGCGUUUCUUUGCUGGGAUUUGCAAUCACCACCUUCUACGUCUUCCGUUACCUCGGCGGCUUUACCUGGAUGGACGAUAUGGAAAAUCCCGGCAUCUUGCAUUCCCGAUAUCAGCUCGCAAUAGCUGCGAUGUGCGGUCUCCCCGGCGCGAGAGCCUUGAGGCUGGCUGGGCUACCGGUCCUUAGGUGGUUAGCGAACAGGGGUCUGGACGAGCAGUGGAAGAGGUGGAAGACGGAGUUGCCUUUCUGGGUCUGGAUGGCGGCAGCGGAUACAGGUGGACUUCCCUUUGAGAUGAUCGCGAAAUGGCUGGACGAGGAUCCGGUUGCGAAACAGCAAUACGACAACCUGCUGGACGUCGUGGAACAUAUGCAGGAAGCUUAGACAAGAGCACUAAAUUCGAGACAUAUUAUAUCGCGAUACAUGUAUUAUAUGUCAUCAGCCAUGCCGC